AUGUCUUUGCUUGCAAUAGAUAUCCUGACAUUCACAAGACUUCUGGCAAUUCUAGCCGCAAGACCAGCCAAGAUCAUGCAGGACAUCGGCGACCAAAUUGUCAACGCCGCUCUGGCAUGGCCAACGCAACCUCCAAUUAAUAAGAUCGAUACACACCACCAUUUCGUGCCGGAGUUCUAUGCUGAGAUUGUCGAGCAAGCAGGUGGUGACCCCAGCGGAUGGCCCACACCACGCUGGUCCGCCGAGCAAUCGAUCAAGGUCAUGGACAAGCUUGGCGUCUCGGCCGCGGUGCUGUCAGUCACGGCUCCUGGUGCCUGUAUCUUGACUGGAGAAGCGUCCUAUGAUCUAGCGCGCAGGCUCAAUUUGGAAGCUGCCACUCAUCGACAAAGAUCGCCAUCCAGGUUCGCCAUGUUCGCAUCGCUCCCAAGCCUUCUAGAUACCGACGCAGCUCUUGAGGAAAUACGCUUCGCACUGGACGAAUUGCACGCCGACGGCGUGACUGUCUUCACUCGAUAUGGCAAUCAACAUACCUAUCUUGGCCACCCUGACUUGGAACCAAUUUGGGCAGAACUCAAUCGCCGUAAAUGCGUGGUCUUUGUUCACCCUACUCACCCUGUUGACACGAAUCCUGUGAACUCAAAGAUGCCACAGCCUAUGAUCGACUACCCGCACGAGACGACAAGAGCUGCGAUGGACAUGAUAUUGCAAAGAACCUGCAUCAAAUAUCCUGAUUGCAAGGUCAUCUUGUCGCAUGCCGGAGGCAGUCUUCCCUACAUCAUCAGUCGCAUCAGCGUCCCGCUGGAGGCGGUCCCUGGCCCAGUCGCAUCCUUCAAGAUAGGUGUUAACCACAGGGAGGUUGUCGAAAGUUUCCGUAGCUUUUACUACGACCUGGCUUUGUCGUCGUCGCCUGCAGUGAUAAGGCUACUCUUGGAUCAGGUACCAAAUGACCACAUUCUGUACGGCAGUGACUUCCCUUAUGCUCCUCUGCCAGCAUACCCAGCCUUCCUCAAGCACCUUGAAGGAUUUAACAUGGACUCGGAAACUCGCAGAAAGAUCAAUUUCAAGAAUGCUAGGGCGAUACUACCUGGGCUUCCCUCAGCACACCUAUGA